AUGGUUUUGAAGAAAAGCAAUGAUCACUGGGCUUUUCUGGAAGAAAUUGAAGCUCCUAUGUGGGUGGAUCUUACAUUAGAAUCCAACUCAAACAACCAACAUAUUGAUGAUGAGUGGUUUUACAGAAGCCACCUGUUCCACCAAUGCUCUUCUCACCAGUUGAAGGCUGCAUUUUCCAAUUCCGGUGAGGAUAUUAUGGCCUUAAACUAUGACUUAGAGGGACCAUCUUCGCCAAAACUUCCCUCUUCUGUCUCUAAGUCAAGAGGCAAAGACUUUGUAAACAAGAAAUGGAUAGGGGACAACCAGGAUUUUUCAUUACAUAAGCGGAACUCAGAAAAAGUUCUGAGUGGGACAUCUUCCUGCGGGAAUUCAGGGUCCAGUGAUGAGAUGAAACCCAAAUCAAGCUUUAUACAUUUGAAAGGAACAUCGAGUUCCAAAUCAAGUUCAGUUUGUAAAAGCAGUUUCUUUGGAAAUCCCAUACCCAAUUGCUCUAAGCCAAUAUCUUCUUGUGAGGAUCCAACAUGUACUCUGAGUUCUAUGACAAACAGGGCAGAUGAAAGCAGUACAAGAAGCACCAUUACAUCUGAGAGUGACCAGCAGAAACAACAGAAGUUUACGGAGAAAUCAAAUCAGGCGUUGAGUCAAGCAAAUGGGCUAUUGUCAGUCAUAAAGGCUCGUCUGAGGAAAAGCGGUGUUACAAGGCCAGCAUCCAGAGUGGAGAUUAAUAGUGAUAGAAGGCAAUCAAGAGGCCGUAAAUCUUCAUCCAGCAAGUCUAGUGUGGGAUCAUCUUCAAAUCCUUGUAAUGAUGGCAGGACCUCAACAUCUACGUCAAUACAGUACAAAGAAAGAACCCCAGAUAGCAGAAAUGUGGCAAGAAUGACUCAUGCAUCCAGUAACAGAAUAAAAUCUUCUAAAGUAUCCAAGACAACUCAUAAGAUUGAUCGAGGGACUACAAAGUACAGAAUGGCACCUAAUGUUGCAAAGCCAGUCCACCUGGAAGCUGCAAAACCAAAGGUUCAAUAUCAAACUUUCAGAAGGAAACCUUUGGAACCAGUUGGAGUUCAUGAAAAGAAGUCAAUUACCACUACUGUAAAAUCUAAGGAGAAAGCAGUAGUUGGUAGAUCUAACAGAUUGGCUGCCUCUGGAAAAGAGAAUGUGAAAAGGAGGAUCGUUGGGAGUCAGAAAGGCAAUAGCAAAGACAUUGCUGCUGUAACUAUGGUUUGGAGUCCGAAAGGGACUAAAGAGAGCAUUCUGCAAAGGAAUGACAGAACAGGACUGGCUGGAAAGCCACCAGAGUAA